AUUUAAACAAAACAUCAAAUCUCCGUCAAUGGGUUCCGUCGGUAAUUCGGUCCAUAAACCCCACGCCGUCUGCAUUCCGUUUCCGGCACAGGGCCAUAUAAACCCCAUGCUCAAACUCGCCAAGCUCCUCCAUAACAACGGCUUCCACAUCACCUUCGUUAACACAGAAUACAACCAUCACCGCCUCCUCAAAUCCAGGGGACCCGAUUCUCUUACCGGACUGCCUUCGUUCCGGUUCGAGACCAUCCCCGACGGCCUUCCGCCGCCGUCGGAAGACGACGCCGACGCCACACAGGACAUUCCGUCAUUGUGUGAGUCCACCACCAACACGUGCCUAGCUCCGUUCAGAGACCUCCUUGCUAAGCUCAACGACACCGCCUCGUCCGAAGUGCCGCAUGUGUCGUGCGUGGUUUCCGAUGGGGUGAUGAGCUUCACCGCCGACGCUGCCGAAGAACUCGGCAUCCCUGAAGUUCUUUUCUGGACUACCAGCGCGUGUGGCUUCUAUUGUUACACGCAGUAUGGAAAUGUUAUUGAAAAGGGAUAUGCUUCACUUGCAGAUACGAGUUGCUUGACGAACGGGUAUCUAGAGACAGUGAUAGAAGGAAUACCAAACAUGGAAGGCAUGAGAAUAAGAGACAUCCCGAGUUUCAUAAGAACAACAAACGAAGACGAUAUUUACAUGGUCAAAUUUGUCUUGCAAGAGACAAAAAGAGCCAAGAGAGCUUCUGCAAUUGUACUCAACACAUUCGAAGAACUCGAACGAGAAACCAUAGAUGCACUCUCCUCAAUCCUUCCCCCAAUUUACCCCAUCGGCCCCUUAAAUCUGAUCGAAAAGAAUGUCAUCGAAAACAAGGGUUUGAACCUACUGGGGUCGAAUCUAUGGAAAGAGGAUCAAGAAUGUCUCAAAUGGCUCGACACGAAAGAGCCAAACUCUGUAGUGUACGUAAACUUCGGAAGCAUAACCGUAAUGACGCCAGAUCAGCUGAAUGAGUUUGCAUGGGGGCUAGCCAAUAGCAUGCAGCCAUUUCUAUGGAUCAUAAGACCUAAUCUUGUGUCAGGCGAAAAGGCCGUUCUCCCGGAUGGAUUUCUCGACGCAACUAAAGAACGAGGUAUGCUGGCUAACUGGUGCCCACAAGAGAAGGUACUUAGCCAUUCUUCUGUGGGAGGGUUCUUAACUCACAGUGGGUGGAAUUCGACUCUCGAAAGUAUAUGCAGUGGUGUGCCGAUGAUUUGUUGGCCGUUUUUUGCGGAGCAGCAGACGAAUUGCUGGUAUUGUUGUACUAAAUGGGGAGUGGGAAUGGAGAUUGACAGUGAUGUGAAGAGGAAUGGUGUCGAAACUCUUGUGACGAAAUUGAUGGUCGGAGAAGAGGGACGGCAGAUGAGGAACAAGGCUGUCGAGUGGAAGAAUCUUGCUCGGGAUUCCGCGGAGGGUUCAUCUUAUCGGAAUCUGAAGAAGCUUAUUGAUCAAGUGCUGUUGUCAAAAGUCUGAGAUUGCAAAUUGCUUAUGGGAUAUGUUUAUUUAAAGCUUAAUUAUAGCAAUGAACCAAGAAAUCUCCAAAAUAUUUGUAGUGCAUUUGUGCUGAUUUGGUAAAACAGAGGCUUAGUCCUUGUUUGGUUGGGCAGAUUAGCCAUGAUUAAAUAAAUAAUUGAAAUUUAUUUGAAAUUUAGUACUCUCA